AUGCAGCAGCCCACCUACUCGUAUGUCAACAGCAGCAAUGCUCGAUCAAUUCUGAAGAAGGGUCAGUCUGCCGCUUCCCAAAGGCGGCAACUGUCCUUCGAUGACAACCCGACAGUGCAUGCUGUAUCUCCAAUCGCCGACAAGGAGUACUACGGUGCGUACGCUAAAAUGUCGCGAGAAGAGCGAAGGUGGACCGCCAGACGAUGA